AGUACGCAGACAGUUUUUGGUACACACAACCACAUCAUCUGAUUGCUCUCUGUCGCUCCGCAAAUCACAUUUGCCAUUUCAAUUUCUCGGUGCGGUGAACUAAAUAAAGCGACUAAAGCGAACGGAAUUUCAUUUGUGCGAAAUAUAAUUUGCAUUGAUAGUGGUCGAUGUGGCUGUGUCGUAUGAGUGUUGAUGUUUAGCGAUCAAAACAAUCAUUGAAUCGAAAUCGACACGGAGAGUAAUCGAAAAAUUGUGUAUGAGGUCCAAAGUAUUUCGGAUCUUUUUUUCUUUGAACGUCGAUACAAAGAACAAGCAACAAUAAAGAAAAAAGAAUCAUCUGUGUGACACACCAGCCGAACGUAGAACCAACAAAAUACCAACAAUCGUAGGGAGAAACGACAUCGAACUUGCAAUACAUAAACAAAAAAAAAGUGGAAAAAAGAAUAAAGAUAUCGUCAUCGCGUCAUAUACAUAUAUAUACAAUUUUUUUUGACUGUUGACUGCCAAUCGCAGUAGCAAUCCAAUCAACAGCCACCGAAAAAAAGUAAUUAUCAGAUAAAUUUGUCAACAACAAAUAGCAAGAGUGUCUUUGGCUUUCAUUUGACCCAGUGUAUCGUCGAAUUUAGUGCCUUCAAUUCAACGAUUACACAUAUCUAAUUGCGAUGAAGUGUUUAUUCGGUCUCAUUGCCGUGUCUGUGUACAAUUUAAUUUCGUUCGACAUUAGAAAACGAUAUCAAAGUCGUUGCCCGUUCGUUGCAAAUGCAUGGAAAUUAUCCGCGCAAAAUUGAUUCCUUCUUAUUACGAGCUCAUGCCAUUUCUUGCUACAAUGGAAAUGUGACGGUGACAUUUAUCGACGGGUCCGCCAUGGAGACUAAUAUGCCGGUGAGCACAAGCAUUACAAACAUAUGGCAAAAUCACUGCAAUGGAAGCACCUCACAAUCGCCACCAAUGCAAACCAACGACAUGGAACCGGUCGCACGAAAGAAAACCUGGCUAGAACUGAAAGAAUCAGUCACCGAACUACGGAAGCAAUUAUCAAGACUUUCAACAAUGGUACCGAUGAACAUACAGUUUCGCAAAUUGAGCGAUUCACGAACUCGUAUCUAUUUUCUCGGGACACCGCCGAACGGAUGGGAAACAACACUGUUGUGCACUGAUAUCACGCCCGCUAUGCUGUCAUUGGAGUCAAACGAUGAACAUGAUUUACAGCGAACGAGGUUACAAUGGCAAUUAUUGCUUGAACCUUCAAUCCCAAAUUUGGCGUCAAACAGUUCGUAUGCUCGAGCGUUUCAGUUGCUAUUGGAACGAAAACGACUCUCAACAUUUGGCAUCACAUCGUAUGAACUGCAUAAAAAGAGUGGACGCAUGAUAUUUCCCGCAUCAAGUUCCCUCUAUCAAUGCCUAGACACGGGCUAUAAUUCGAGUCCCUUAUAUCCUUCGGAGCUAGUGCAAUUACGUGGUGCUCUCGAUCCUCAAAUAUGUCCAGAGAAUUCCGAAAUAGUCGCUUACAUUGCGUCGGGUGAUAUUUGGGUAAUAAAUAUGGUGAGUGGUCAUAAUAAACGCUUAACAAACGCACACGAUGAAAACAAAUCGUUCAGUGAUAAUCCACUAAGUGCCGGUGUGCCAUCGUAUGUAAUUCAAGAGGAGUUUAGUCGGUACCAGGGCUUCUGGUGGCAGCCACAAAGCGAUGAUGGAGUGUAUCGAAUUUUGUACGAAGAAGUUGAUGAGAGUGAUGUGUUAUUGUUCAAAUUCCCAUCAUCGCAGCCGGUUGGUGUUGAGUAUGAAGAGUAUCGAUUCCCACGUGCCGGUUCGCCGAAUGCCAAGUCCAAAUUGAAACUAGUUCAAUUCACAUUGUCCGAAACGCUUCAAAUACAAAACAUCUGCAUAAAAGAUCUGCAACAUCCGCUCACAUACUACAUCCCAUGGCUGGAAUAUAUUGUGCGGGUGGGUUGGAUGCCAGACUCAAAGCACAUAUGGGCGCAGCUGUUGAAUCGACAACAGAAUCGCUUGGAUUUGAUUGUGAUACCGUUGGCCAAUUUCUCCGAUGUUUGUAGCAAUGAUACGGAAUCAACAUCACCAAAUGGAUCGGCCAUUCUUGAGCACAGUUGGCAAUCAAGUUUGGCCAAGCAUUCGGAACCAAUUCAAGUGAUUUGGUCACAAGUGGCAAGUACCUGGAUCAAUGUCAACGAUAUACUCGAAUUCAUUGAAGUAACCGACACACAAGUCACAUUCAUUUGGGCAUCGGAAGAGACGGGGUUCCGGCAUUUGUAUUUGGUUACAUCACUGUUGCAACAGCAAACCGACGGCCAAUGCACAAACGGCACACUCAACAAUGCAGACAGUAUGAAGCAUGCGUUAUGGGAGCCACGGAUUGUGUCCAAAAUUGCGCUCACCUCCGGCGAGUGGGAGGUGUUGGGCCGAAAUUUAUGGGUCGAUCGAAAAAAGCAAUUAGUGUAUUUCUUAGGCUUACGUGAAUCCGCAUUGGAAAAACAUUUGUAUGUGGUUAGUUUAACACAACCGAAUCACAUUCGACUGCUUACGAAAUCGGGAAAUUCGUAUUCGGUCGAAUUCAAUGAUGACUGCAGCAUUUUAGUUCAAACAUUUUGCAAUAUUCACCAAUUGCCCACGUGCGGCGUGUAUCAGGUGGCUGAUACGAACGAUAUGCAAACGGAGAGCGUUGACAAUAUUGAGCUUCGACUGUUAGGCUAUCUGUUUGAAGGCGGUAUUCCAACAUCGGCACAGCUACAGAAAUUCAGCCCAACCAUUUACUCACGACACUUGCAAUCGGGUGAAUUGAUUUACGCAAUGGUAUUCAAACCACAUAAUUACAAACCGAAUCAACGAUAUCCAACGGUUUUGAAUGUGUACGGUGGACCGGAGGUACAAACGGUCAACAAUACGUUUAAGGGGAUGCGACAACUUCGGAUGCACAUGUUGGCCGCUCAAGGCUAUUGUGUCGUUUGCAUCGACUCAAGAGGAUCCAGGCAUCGAGGUGUCGAAUUUGAGAGCCAUUUGUGGCGACGGAUGGGAUCAGUUGAACUGGCGGAUCAGGUGGAAAUACUAACACUGUUGGCUAAUGAUUUGGGCUUUAUCGACAUGGAUCGCGUUGCCAUUCACGGUUGGUCCUACGGUGGAUAUUUGAGUUUAAUGGGCUUGAUUCAGUAUCCAUCGAUAUUCAAAUUGGCCAUUGCUGGUGCGCCGGUCACCAACUGGGAACUGUACGAUACAGGUUAUACUGAACGGUAUAUGGAUUUGCCGGAGCAGAACAAGGAGGGCUAUGCUAAUGGUUCGGUAUUGAGCUACAUCAACCAGUUCCCAGAUGAAGACAACCGACUGCUCAUAAUCCAUGGUCUGAUCGAUGAAAAUGUGCACUUUUAUCACUCGUCUGAGCUCAUAAAUCUACUCAUCAAAGCCAAUAAACCGUAUCAAUUGCAAGUAUAUCCGCGUGAACGGCACUCGCUACGCAAUUUGGAAGCGAGUAAACAUUAUGAGACGACAUUACUCUCGUUUCUGCAGAAUAAUCUAUAAACGAAAUCCAUUUAUUCAGCGCCUUAUUUACAUACAACAAUUUAUGUGCUAUCGUUUUAUCCACCUUCCCAUAUACUUUUUCUUCGGCCUUUUGUUUGAUAUUUCGUGCGCGAUUUACGUUUAGGCAGUACGAAACAUUUUUGUUCUAAUUAUUUAGUGAAAGAACGUUUUUUUCCUCAUCUUUUAAUCCCCAAAAUCAGCUCCAUUUAAUCUAGAAGAAACAACUUUCUUUUCAUUAGUUUAUGAUAUUCAUGAAGAAAAAAAAAGAAGCAAUACCGUGCAAAUCAAAAGUCGAUACAAUAUUUUUUUUAAAAACAUUUUUUGUGUGUUGAAUUUUUUUUUUAUUUGAAAUUUUGUUUUUCGUUCGACAGAGAUAAAGAGAGAAAGAGAAAAAAACCAUUCAGUUUGUUGUUCAGGUUUCAGCACAACAGUAAGAUAACCGAUAUAUUGAUGUAAAAGAUGAAAAUCAAAAUCGGUGUUAUCUUUUUUCUUGUCCGGAAUGGGAGAGGUGUUGUGCGGUUUGUGUUUUAACGACUAAACUCUACGUAUAAUGGAAAAUAAGCAAAUUAUUUAUUGAAGAAAAAAAAAACAAAUCAUUUCAACGGUAUAGCCACACACAUUAUUCAAUAUAUAUUUCGAAAUCAUCGUAGGCCGUUUACUAAUUUGCGUUAAAAAGAAUAACAAGAAAAUAAUGUUGUGAAAAUAUGUAAAUAUUAAUACGGAAAUAUUAUUUGAACAUACACACCAAUAAACUGAGAUGGAAUCAAAAAAAAAAAAA